UCCUCCAUCAUCCAUCCAUCCACGGCGGGCGUCUCACUCCCACCCCGCACACUGACUGACACUGCCUCUGCACUCUAUUUAAGCCACCACCGGCGCGCCGUACACACGUCGCCACGCCUCCGCCCCCGCCUCGGCUCUAGCCAUGGCCGCCGUCGCCGGUCCUCGGCUGCUCCCAUGGCUCCUGCUGCUGCAUCCGUUGCUCGUGGUCGCCGCCGCCGCCGCGUCCGGUGUGACGUACGACCACCGCUCCCUCGUCAUCUCCGGCCGCCGCCGCCUGCUCAUCUCCGCCUCCAUCCACUACCCCCGCAGCGUCCCCGCGAUGUGGCCCAAGCUGGUGGCCGAGGCCAAGGACGGCGGCGCCGACUGCAUCGAGACCUACGUCUUCUGGAACGGCCACGAGACCGCCCCCGGCAAGUACUACUUCGAGGACCGGUUCGACCUGGUGCAGUUCGCGAGGGUCGUCAAGGACGCCGGGCUCUACCUCAUGCUGCGCAUCGGCCCCUUCGUCGCCGCCGAGUGGAACUUCGGGGGCGUGCCUGCGUGGUUGCAUUACAUACCUGGAACGGUGUUCCGGACGAAUAACGAGCCAUUCAAGUCUCACAUGAAGAGCUUCACGACGAAAAUCGUCGACAUGAUGAAGAAAGAGCGGUUUUUCGCUUCGCAGGGAGGGCACAUCAUCCUAGCUCAGAUUGAAAACGAGUAUGGAUAUUAUCAACAAGCGUAUGGAGCUGGUGGCAAGGCAUAUGCAAUGUGGGCAGGUAGUAUGGCUCUGGCGCAGAACACCGGCGUCCCUUGGAUCAUGUGCCAGCAGUACGAUGUUCCUGAUCAUGUGAUAAACACCUGUAAUUCAUUCUACUGCGAUCAAUUCAAGCCAAAUUUGCCAACCCAGCCAAAAAUUUGGACAGAGAAUUGGCCAGGAUGGUUCCAGACUUUUGGUGAAAGUAAUCCCCACAGACCCCCUGAGGAUGUUGCAUUUUCUGUUGCACGGUUUUUUGGGAAAGGUGGCAGCGUUCAGAAUUACUAUGUGUACCAUGGUGGAACGAACUUUGAUCGUACUGCUGGAGGGCCGUUCAUUACAACUAGCUAUGACUAUGAUGCACCAAUUGAUGAAUAUGGCCUUAAGCGAUUUCCAAAAUGGGCACAUCUGAAGGAGCUUCACAAAUCUAUAAAAUUGUGUGAACAUAGUCUGCUUUUUGGAAACUCAACGUUACUCUCUCUUGGACCUCAACAAGAGGCUGAUGUUUACACUGAUCACUCAGGAGGAUGUGUUGCAUUCCUGGCUAACAUUGAUUCAGAAAAGGACAAAGUUGUCACUUUCAGGAACAGACAAUAUGAUCUUCCUGCUUGGUCAGUUAGCAUCCUACCUGACUGCAAGAAUGUGGUUUUCAACACUGCAAAGGUUCGAUCUCAAACUUUGAUGGUGGACAUGGUUCCGGAAACUUUGCAAGCAUCAAAACCUGAUCAGUGGAGCAUUUUCACAGAGAGAAUCGGCAUUUGGGAUAAAAAUGACUUCGUACGAAAUGAAUUUGUGGACCAUAUUAAUACAACAAAAGACUCUACUGAUUACCUGUGGCACACUACAAGUUUUGAUGUGGACAGAAAUUAUCCUGCAAGUGGGAACCAUCCCAUUCUUAAUAUCGGCUCCAAAGGCCAUGCUGUUCACGCUUUCCUGAAUAAUAUGCUCAUAGGUAGUGCAUAUGGUAAUGGCUCAGAAUCAAGUUUCAGUGUGCAAAUGCCCAUCAACUUGAAGGCUGGGAAGAAUGAAAUUGCACUACUGAGCAUGACUGUUGGAUUGAAAAGUGCAGGACCCUAUUAUGAAUGGGUGGGAGCUGGCCUUACAAGUGUGAACAUCUCUGGAAUGCAAAAUGGAACGAUGGACUUGUCUUCAAACAAUUGGGCAUACAAGAUUGGGUUGGAAGGUGAACACUACCGUUUAUUUAAGCCCGAUCAAGGGAAUAACCAAAGGUGGAGGCCACAAUCUGAGCCACCAAAACAUCAGCCUUUGACAUGGUACAAGGUGAAUGUUGACGUUCCACAAGGAGAUGACCCAGUUGGGCUAGACAUGCAGUCCAUGGGGAAAGGCCUGGUUUGGUUGAAUGGAAAUGCCAUAGGGAGGUACUGGCCCAGGACAAGUCCUACUGAUGACAGGUGCACUCCGAGCUGCGACUACAGAGGGAAAUUUUCUCCAAACAAGUGCAGGGCUGGAUGUGGAAAGCCGACUCAAAGAUGGUACCAUGUCCCAAGGUCAUGGUUUCACCCAUCAGGGAACACCCUUGUGGUCUUUGAGGAGCAGGGUGGGGAUCCCACGAAGAUUACAUUCUCGAGAAGGGUCGCGACAAGUGUUUGCUCCUUUGUCUCGGAGAAUUAUCCUUCCAUAGACUUGGAGUCCUGGGAUAAAAGCAUCUCAGAUGAAAACCCAUUAGCAGCAAAAGUACAGCUGUCUUGCCCCAAGGGCAAAAACAUCUCUUCAAUCAAGUUUGCGAGCUUCGGAGACCCCAGUGGAACUUGCAGAUCCUACCAACAAGGAAGCUGCCACCAUCCAGACUCUCUAUCUGUUGUUGAGAAGGCCUGUCUGAACAUCAACAGCUGCACAGUUUCGCUGUCAGACGAGGGAUUCGGAGAAGAUCCAUGCCCUGGCGUCACCAAAACACUUGCCAUUGAAGCAGACUGUUCUUAAUCCGUGAGUUCUACUCAGCUGAGGGUUCCACCACUACAAAUCUGCUCGUCGAAAAUCAAGUUCGGAAGCUGCAGUGCUGGUUUGCUUUUACGCAAUAUGACAACCUGGAAGUGGAAGGCUACCUUGAUUUAGGUUCAGAUUUCUUUUGAGCAUCUUGAUGUUAGCCUUUGUUUCGUCGAGUUCUCGUGAUGGACGAUGCCAUGGUGCUAUUCAGGAUGCUGGCCAUAUGAGCAAAUGCGUUGCGUCUCAGGCUCGUUAUACCUAAUGUGGCCAUGAGUUCAAACCACGAGCAAGCAAACUACCACGAAGCAUAUUUUACAACGCAUCAUGAACCUCCUAUAUCAAUGCUGAUGUACUGUGAGGAAUCUCUUGCUUAAUUAAGGCCAGUUCUGUCA